AUGGGCCGGCUUUGGCAAAAGAGGGAGAUGGAUGAUAGUGCGGAGCGAAUUCACGUUUGUUCAAUUUGCAUGAGGAGAUUUAAACGGACGGAACAUUGCUUAAGACAUGAAAGGUCCCAUACUAAGGUGAAGCCAUACAAUUGCCGCUUUUGCGAACGAUCAUAUGGCCGAAAGGACCUUGUGGUACGGCAUGAGAAAACUCUACAUGAGGAAGAUUGGAUCAAAGCCCAAAUGCCUAGCGAGGAGUCGACUACUGCUAGUGACUCCUUAUUGUCAAGGCAAAAACGUCGACUAUCCACUGUAAGCUACAGUGACGAAUGGAAGAAUGCCCUCUCGGCGCAACAUAUUCCUCAUCCCCAAGGAGAGCAUGACGUCUUAUCCUGCGUUGGAACUCAAACAGCUGCUAUACCCAGCUCGCCAGAAAGAAGUGGUUUUGAUUGCAUGCCAUAUGGCCCGCAAAUAAACUGUAAUUUUACACUCCCAUUAAAACCUGGAACCGAGGGAACAGCUGAAAGUCCGUGCGAAUCUUCCGUCCCUGAGAUGGCCAUAUUGAGCGUACCUCAAUUGGCAAAUCCAUGUUACAUCGAAGGAAAUUACCUCCAACAAUACAACAGCCAAAUACCGGAGGAAUCUGUUGAACCCUGCGAAGGCCUUAAUCAGUACUCUGUUCCAGUUGACCCAAAUUUAUUUGAGACUGUGAAUAGCAAGCCUCAACCGCCAUGGCGACCAGAUACUCCGAGAUGCCUCGAGAUUUUGGACAUUUGUCCCAGUGUUUAUGGCCCAUUGCGCUCUUUUGAUGUCCCACAGGAAAAUGAAGAGGAUUGGGAGGAGACCAGGAAUAACGGCAAGUGGACUUUCCAGGAAUCACAGGUCAUAGGUCAUCCGUCUGAUAGGCAUAUAUUCAUUGUACAGAGCCCUUCAAAUCUUAUUCGGCCACCCAUUUCAACUGUGAGACUGGGGGAAGCAGCCCUGUCGAUACUCUUCGCGGAUCUGCACCUUGGGUUUGAGAAUCACAAAACUAAUGGUAUUAUAUCCCUCCACUCGCGCUAG